ACAAGUCUGCUGAGGCCAAUCGUGGGUGACCAUCCUUGGUCCUCUCUCUGGCCGAGGUGUGGCCCAGACCCCCUAGAGGCUCCUCUGAGGGAAGCAGAAGGCAGAACACAGCCCACCCACUACCGAGAGGAACCGGGUGGACUUUUCCAGCCGCCACCCUGGAGAUCCUAGCGCCUAGUGCUCUACAGCCAUCUCCGGAAGAGAAUCAGAGAGAUAUGUCGCUGGUGUCACCAUCUCCAGACUCAAAUGCUGUGAUGGCUGGAGACCAAGAUGCCAGUACAUCACAGGUCCCAAGCCAGAGUGAGAGCAAGAUUGGGCCCAACGUCGCCACCCAAACCCUGCGGAAGCCUACCAUGUCGAAGGUGAUUCUGAGGACUGUGGCUGAUAAGGGGGUUCAUAGCCGUGUGUCCCUUGCUGCCUUGAAGAAAGCUGUGUCUAUCACAGGGUACAAUAUGGCCCAAAACACCUGGCGCUUCAAGCGUGUGCUCCAGAAUCUAGUCAAGAAAGGCAUGCUCAAGCAGGUGACCGGCAAGGGUGCCUCGGGCUCCUUCCGCCUGGGCAAGAAGCAGGCCUUCAAGUCCAAGUGCAAGGCCAAGAGACGCCAGCGGAGGCAGAAGCCUGGGCAGCGCCGGACUGGAUCACGCCGAUCACUACUAGGCUCCAAAAAGAGCAAUAACCGGCUUUUCAAAGGAGUUCGUAGGGUGGCUAAAGGCCGCCGCCAUUAAUACGGCAGGUCAGGCGGGGUGCCAGGCUUGUCACGAAGUGGGAAUAAAACCCAGCUUAUUUCACAA